CAUUCAGACAAAGCACACGAUAAUCGUGCCGUGCUCUAGCUUUUGGAACAACUAGCUCGCCUCGGAAAGCGUGCCGAGGAUGUUAAUUACCGGGUGAAUUAGUCAAUCAAUGUCAAGGGAGGGGGGCAUUUUGUCGUCUGAUGGGACCUCAAGCAGUCGCUCACCGUUGGCCCGUUGCCGCGCCACUUGUGUUUGUUGAGCUUGCAGUUGCACCUGCACACUUGCUCUCUCCUCACACUCAGCUCUGCACCGCGACCGCUCCGCUCGCCACGCCACGCCACGGUCUCGUGAGGCCGGCGCCCGGAGCCAGCGGGCCAUGUUCACCGACGGCAUGUCGAGGCUGGCGGUGGCGGUGAGCGUCACGGUGGCGUUCAGCCUGGCCAUCUUCCUCACCAUCCUAGUGCUCCUCCUCGCGGACCUCAUCUGCGCGCACCUCCGGCGCCGGCGGCUCCGCGCCGAGGCGUCCUGGUCGAAGCUCGGCCUGGCGCUGGCGACGCCGCCGUCCCCGGCGCGCGACGCCGCCGCGUCGUCGUCACGCGAGGCGUUCGCCGGCACGCCGCCCUUCUACUACGCGCACGGCGUCCUGCACGCGCCCAGCACCAAGGACCUCCUCGUCGCCAUCCCCAGGCUGGAGGGCGCCGUGUGGCGGUGGUCGCCGCCGCCGCCGUCGCGCUCGGGCUCGUCGGGAGCCACCUCGGCGUGCGGCGACGCGUUCAUGUGCAUCUCCAACCCGGUGUACGACCGAGGGCAGACCGCGGCCGCCGGCGGUGGGGAGACGCCGCCGUUCGAGACGCCGGGCUCGUCGCCGUACGGGGUCACGGAGGAGGAGGCGUGCGCGUACGACGAGAAGGAUGCCGGCGGGUUCUCGCCGCCGCUGUCGGCUAUGAGGAAGCUCCCGCCGUUGGGCGUCCUGGCCGCGUACCCCCCGCCGGCGCUGAGCUUCGCCGAUGGCGGGCCGUCGCCGCAGGCAACGGUGGGCGACACCAACCGGGCCUCCUCCUCCUCAUCGUCCGCCCACUUUUUCUCUUAUUGGUCGUCGAAGUAAGAGAUCACUUGUACCGUGCGCGAAUGUAGUAAAGCUCUGCAGCUCGAUCCCAUUCAUCAAUCAUCA